AUACAUUUUUACAUUUAGGCACUCCUGCAACCGUCACACUUUUUCUGUUACAAACUGACUCCGGCCGCCCCCCAGAGAAAGGAAAAGUUAAGUGGUCCUCACAGGAAAAAGUUUGGGGAGCCCUGUGUUCCACAGUUUAACCUGACGACCUGCCUUCAAGAUAAUACACAGGGCAAAUGACCCACCUCUACCGGCGGACCCAUGAGCGUGCAUUACGCUGCGGAGAGCGGCGGAUUGAAACAGACUCUUUUUAGCGUAAAAAAAACUGUUUAUAAAUCCUAUUAUGAUUCUUUUUUUUAGCAUUCGCACAGUUUAACUACAUUUUGAAGUAACAUUUUUGAGUGUUUGGUUGACCACUCCCCUGUAAAAAUACAGAAAAGGUGCAGCACCAGUGAACACAGCCUGGAGUGUUUGUCAUCCAGUUGAGCGUGGAUAUGAUGGAUGGAAUACAUCACUAUACUCGUCCACAAACAAAGGUUCCACAGGCAUGCUGCUCACAUUUAUCAGUCCCUUCCGCCAAACAUUUAAAAUAAGCUGUAAAAUCUAUCAGAAAAUUACCGCAAUUUUGUUACACAAAACAAAGUAGGUUGCGGGUGUCAAUAUGUAAUAUAACAUAUUUCAAAACUUCAAAUGUGCAUUACCUUCAUUUGGUUCCCAUCCUCCAAUGACAGUUUGCGCUUGGUUGAAACGUCACCAAAAAAAAAAAAAAAAAAAAAAACCCUCUCACAAAAUUAAGUAAAUGUAGAGUAUAAAACAAAAACAUGUCACCUUAUCAGGUAGUUAGUCUUUGGUCUAUAUACAGUAUAUAUAUAUGGAAGAGUAUGGUCAAAUAUGACCACAAAGGUCGCUGUUCAGCAACAUUAGCUAAUUCUCAUAUCAAAAGGCAUUUUUACUCACAGCUCUUAUUUCCGGUAUUUCCAUAUAUUUGAACUUUGUCUCAGAUAGUUUUUGUAAUUCUGAUGCAAGUUAUGCAAUAAUAAUUUCACGUUCAAAAAACAAAAUAUGUUCUAUCAGCAGAUUGUUUCCUGAACCAGAUUGCAAGAAAUCUGAAUUUCAAAAAGCUGAUAAUAAAAUGAAAAACCUUUGUACAAUACCUAUAUAGGAUCUCUUUUUUACCUUUUAAAAAGUGAUCAAUCAUACUAUUAUAUAGUAAAAAUAUGAUGAAGGCAUCUAAAAAAUAACUCAGCUGAAAAGCAAAUAUAGUGUAACCUCUGAUCGCUCAAGGCCACUCUUUGCUAUUGUUUAGCGACAGAAAGCUCCUGCCUGCAGACAGAUAGCAGCAGAGCCCAAACAACAGCGUGUGAACAGAGACGGUCUUACAGAUUCAACAUGGUGUCUUGGUCUGUCCUCAUUCUGGGGACUCUCUGGAUCCAAGGUCUGCUCCAGGUCUGUAGCACGGAGAAGCUGCCCAGAGGGGUGGUGGUGUCCUGGUUCAGGGAGCAGGUUCUGGAAGGUCUGGGCCUGUUGGAGCCUCCGGUACUUGCUUCACAGAGAGCAAAUCGGGAAGGAGCGAAGCCAGAGGCAAGGCAGUUUCAGGCGAGGGUCCCGAGGAUUAGCAGGGCGGUCCGGGUCAGGCAKCAACCCAGCCCGGGUCAAGACAGAUCCGAAGUGAUUCUGUUUCCAAGUCCAGAUGCCUCCUGGGUCCUGGCUGAUGCAGAAGGGAGAGGAAACUGCAGCAGUACACCGUCGUAUCGCUUCCAGCCGUCCAUUUACUUCCAGGACACCGUAGUAUCGUCUGCUCACUUCUGGUUCUUCGCCGGCCCAGCAGUGAACGCCGCGCCGCUGUUCAUGCUCACCUCGGCGCAGCGGCGACUCCAGGCGGCCCGGGCUCCCGCAGCGUUCAGCCCCGACGGCUGGACCACCUAUGACCUGGAUGAGAGCGUACUGGCCCCUGUGGCAGAGGGCCCCUUUUUACUUCAGCUCCAGAGCUCAGGUCAGCACAGUCCGACGAACCCAGAUAAAACGCCUUUUCUCCACCUCCACGUUCAGCCCAGAGUGCCUGUCCGUUCCCCCAGAGCGGCCCCAGUCAACAUCCCCUGGUGCCCCGCUGCCCUCCGCCUCCUCCAGCGGCCCUCCCAUGAAGGGCUCCAGCUCGGGGAUUGCCGCAGGGAGCAGGUGGAGAUUAGUUUCCAGGAGCUGGGCUGGGACAGCUGGAUUGUUCACCCCAAGGUACUCACCUUCUUCUACUGCCGCGGGAACUGCUCGGCCCGGGGCCGGACGGCCGCCCUGCUGGGCAUGGCGCAUUGCUGCGCUCCGGUUCCGGGGACUAUGAUGUCCCUAAGGAUCACCACUACAUCUGACGGCGGAUACUCGUUCAAAUACGAGACCCUGCCCAACAUCAUGCCUGAGGAGUGUACCUGUUUCUGAACAUGAGGGAAGGAGAAGCUGUGUGAAGCUGACACCCCACGCACGUCAAAAAAAUCCAGCAAAUAGUCUGAAUGGUUAGUGCUCCGUUUGUGCAGCUUUGGUUUUUGAGAUAUUAAAAGUUAUAAUUUUUGCCGAUGACGUCAUCAGUCGCAUCCAUUUUGCUCCAAACAUCAACAUUUUUGCUUUGCCGCUGUUACGUCGCCGCCACCACAAUGUCACCCAAGGAUUAUAGUAUUAUACAAAUGACUAAAUCUGAUUUUACUUUAUUUGGUGCUUUCAGAGUUUAAGAUUCAGCCGAUCACAUUCACCCAAUUAGGGGACAAUUAAUUUCACCUGCUGUAGGCUGUACUGUUUUAGUUCUUCGUUGGUUGUCUUCCAGCACAUUCCUGUCACGUAAGACUUGUUUUCGGUGUCGUUUUUAUGCAAUUGAGGUUGCUAUAUUUUUGUAGAAAAGGGACUACAGUAUAAGUUGUGGCAUAAUCAUUACAGUUAUAAUAAAAUUCACUAAAUGGGACGGCUGAUGACAUCAUCGGCCAAAAUUAGAACUUUUAAUAUCUCAGAAACGAAAGCUGCACAAACAAAAAUUUUAACGGCACAAACCUGCCCAAACGAAGCACUAACCAGACUAUUUGCUGGAUUUUUUUGACGUGGGUGGGGUGUCAGCUUCACACAGCUGGAAGGASAGGCUGAAUGGGGGUUUGUCUGGCCGGUCUCUUUAUAAGGGGAAAGUCGUUGGACAGAACAGGAUAUUAAAAUACUUUAUAAACAAAAUAUUUAGGUUUCUGUUUUUAUGGGUGUUAAAAAAAAUCGUAUGCCAUGUUUAGUUUUUUCCUCAAUGUUGCAUCCAACAUGUAUGAUCCAGAUCUCUUUUAAAGAGGGACCUAUGCAUAAAAUCGUAAACACACAGCUACCUGGUUACACAUAAAUUACAUCUUGCAAGAUAACCUGCAAUUUAUAUAACAAUACUUAAGUAUAGCAGAGGAUUCAUCUGAUAAUUAGCCGAGUAGAACCUCAUUAAAGACUGGACGUUAAAGCAUAGAGCUGCAUAAUUUAAAGUUUUGUCCAUACGGACAGUCCUGGUCAAAAAUUUGAGUCAUUCUGAGCUCAAUUUUAAAAAUCAAAUUUAUAAAACAAAUGGAUGAAGUUUAAUACAAUACUGCAAUUUUCUGAGGAAAAACACAAGUAAAGCAAACUUCAUAACUACAUCCUUAUUAGAUAACGUGUUUUGACCACAAGGAAGAACAAUUUAGAUUGUUCUCUUCAAAGAUCAACUUUUAAAGUUAAAAUUUAACUUAACCUUCUAAAACUAUUCCAACAUGAAUAUUGAUUCUAUACAUAAAAUGUAAUAUCAAAAGGCUAAAAAGCUCAUGUAAAAUGUGACUGCAAUAAUUCUCCCACAGACCUACAUCGUGGGUCUGAGAUGGCCUUUAUGAAGGCCAUCUCAGACCUUCAGAAAGGCCUCAGAUUUUGGUGAUAACUGGACUGAUUCAUUUCUGGAGGUCAGAAGCAGGCAUUUAGACAGAUUCACAGCACAGUGUCAGUGUCUGCAUUUUUUUCUGCUUCCUUUCAGCUCAGGAUGAGGAGUUGAGACAUAGCCAACAGAAAUCCUUGAAAAUGAAACAGUAUAGUCACAGGUUACAAAUGUUUAAAUUUUAAAGGGAUAACUUCCACUUUGUUUCCAUGGACAGUAAAAUUGUCAGGCACAUUUAUAGCUUAUGACAUGUCGUUUUCAAAUUGGUGAUUUCUACUCAAGUUUGGUUGUGGAUAUCGACUGAUUCAAAUAGAAUGGCGUCACUUUCCUCCCAUCUGCCACUAGAUGUCACUGUAGGUCAUCAUUUGCUUCAUUUCAAAUUAAAACUCAAAAAAAAUGUGUCGGCCAAAGUUCACUUAACUACGGUACUCAACACAAGUGAGCUGGUCCACUUACUCAUUUGGACUUUUAUUCAGAGAGAUACGGACAUAUGGGACCAGAGAGUUGACUCAAAUAUAUUUAUUUACUCUGACAAAAUAAUCUCUACAGUUACAACAACAACAACAAAAAAAACUACAAAACUUGCAAUAGGAAAAAAGUCAAAGUAUAAAUCAUUGAAGGAGUACCAUAUUCAAAACUGGAAUGUCGUCUCUUGCAACAGCGAGAAGUGAUAUCAUACAGGAACGAUCAGUCUGCAGCCAAGGAUUGUAAAGGUAACUAUGAAGCUAUGGAAAGGUUUGAAGUCUUAAAGCUACAGAUGAGAAAUCUAUUGAACUGAACAUGUUAAAUGGCUCCAGUCCGUUCAGAGCGGUUUCCUCAUCAGGAUGACCGUUAGGCAGCUUUAAAGAAAAAUGUCCAUCUUCUCUGAACACACUGGAGUAACUCUUCUACAUUCUACUUGUUAAGCUGAAAGCUGUUAAAAUGAAAGUUUAGAUGAAAAACAUUUCCCAUUAAUUAAGGAUUCAAGCAUUGCCCAGGUAUACAUUUUGGCCAACUGGACUUUCAAACACAUCUAUGUACCAGUUCUGUUGACUUGGCCAGGAUGGGUUAAGAAAAUCUUGCAAAGAGAAAAAAAGAUACUGCAGAGUCCAAUUGACGUAGCCUGAGGCUGUGCCGUUUAGGAAUCCAAUAACAACAAGCCUCAACAUUCAGUGGCAGUUAACGAGAAAAAAAAAA